UACCCUGGUUGGCCUGGUUAGGUCACGUGCAUUACGAAAGAGACAGUGGUCAGAUUUCACAACCGAAUCGUUUAAAUUAGUACAUGGCGCAGAGAGGCGAGAAGAAAUCGCGUGAGGCCACUCCGACCUUCGUCGAUUUAAACGACUUAGCAUGUAGCAGGGUGGGAGGUGAAAUAAUGUUUGCCACAGAUGAUUGGUUUGCUGUCGCUGAAAAUGUAUUGAAGCUUGCUCCUCCAGAGUGGCGUGAAGGAGUGUUCACAUCAUACGGCAAGUGGAUGGAUGGAUGGGAAACAAGGCGUAAGAGAAUUCCUGGGCAUGACUGGUGUAUAAUAAAACUUGGGAUACCUGGAGUAAUCCACGGACUUGAUAUUGAUACGUCAUACUUCACAGGCAACUAUCCUCCUAAAGCUUCUAUUCAAGCUGCCUGCCUUGAAAGUGAUUCAGUGAUAUUCCCACAACGAAAGAGUAUAAUGGGAAGUGCAGCUUGUACUGACUGGGUAAGAAAAGUAGCCCAACUCACACAGGAAUGGACAUAUAUUUUACCAAUGACAAAGCUACAACCAGGUUACCCUUCGACAGCUCAUAACUUUUUCAACAUCAACAACUCCCAAAGGUGGACUCAUCUCAGACUUAAUAUCUAUCCAGAUGGUGGGGUUGCACGACUAAGAGUGUAUGGAAAAGCAGUCAAGGAUUGGAAUCACUUGGACAAAAACAAGGUGCCUGUUGACCUGGCUGCUAUGGAGAAUGGUGGAAUGGUUGUAGGUUGGAGUGACAUGCACUUUGGACACCCUCGCAAUCUUAUUGCUCCUGGGUUAGCAGCUAAUAUGGGUGAAGGCUGGGAGACGGCUCGCAGGCUUGAUCGUCCUAGUAUAAUUGAGGUAGGAGAAGAUGGAUGCUUGAAAGUACCAGGUUGUGAAUGGGCAGUUAUUCAGUUAGGACAUCAAGGAAUUUUGAAAAAGAUUGAAAUUGACACCAAUCACUUUAAAGGCAAUUUUCCCCAUUCCUGUGUAGUGGAAGGAGUCUUUGUGCCAUACCUUAAAAGAUUAGAUGCUUCCACUGAUGACUGGUCAUCACUAAAAUGGAAAACAAUUUUACCCACUUCCAAGUUGUCUCCACACAAGGGUCACUUCUUCUCCAAGCUUGAAGAAUGUGGUGUCGUUUCACAUGUACGGCUAACUAUUUAUCCAGACGGAGGUAUCAGUCGUCUGAGAUGUUGGGGUUUGCCUGACCUUUCCAGCAAGUCAAGCUUGUGAUUCGUCCUUAAACUUUGACUUUCCCAUUUCCCAUUCCCAUUUCCCAUUGGCGCGCUCCGCCACUGAACUAUAGAAGACUUGUGGCAAGCUAUGCCGUUUUAUAAGGUCCAUGGAGACAAACUUCCUGCAUAUUGCUAGGAAGUGGAAUGUCAAUAUGUUAUGUUUAUGUGCAACGAUGAUGCAAAUGACGAUUGAAAAUUAUAAUCAAGUUUAUUUAAGUGAAGAAAGAUGUUAUUGAGCUCACGCUCCGAACCAGUUGUCCUUCAUGUUUUUUCCCGUAAGGAUUAGCGCACCCAUGGCAUACCGGUACUAUUCGAAAACAUUUGCGGCAACAUAGCUGCUGCAAGUACAUGUCUUAAAGCCAAAUACGAAGCUGUUUCAUUGAAAAGUUUGGUUGUCAGAACCGAUGUUCACACGGUCAGAUUUUCAACACUUUUGAAAAUUAUCACAAUAAUCUGAAGUAUAUUUCUUAGGGCUAGGACAAUAAAAUUUCCUAUUUCACUUUA